UAUCUUACGUUCAAUCUAAAUUAUUUGGUCUGACCUCAUGGUCACAGCUGCUCUAGGAAGACACAUAAGGAGGGGAUAAGCAGGAGAACCUCAGAGGAACCUUUGAGGAUCAGAAGUUUUGUGUGUGAUCAUUGGGUCUGGACCCUUUCUGCAUUCCCUCUUUGGCCCACUUUCGGUCUUCCCAUCCACUGCGGAGCGUCUCCUGUCAGGAUGUGCACUGCAAAGUGUUCACGCUUCAUCGCCGGAUCAUUGUAUCCUCUGGCCUUCAUCUCCAUGGUCUGUAAUGUUCUUCUGUUCUUCCCCGACUGGUCAGUUAAAUACGUGAAGGAUGACCGUCUCACCCCAGAAGUGAAGUACAUGGGGGGUGUGGUUGGAGGGGGAGUCAUGGUUUUAGUCCUGGCCCUCUUCGUGCAUCUGACUUUAAGGCAGGGAUGCUGUGCUAACCGCUGUGGGAUGUUCCUGUCCAUCGCCUUUGCAGCACUUGGUGCAGCUGGCGCCCUCUACAGUUUCGUAGUGGCCAUGUUAGGACUGGUAAACGGACCCUACUGCAAAUAUGCAUCGCUUAACUGGGGAAGACCUUUUAAGGGCAGUUCUGAGUAUCUGACUCAGAUAGACAAGUGGAGCACAUGCACAGAGCCGAAAAACGUGGUGGAGCUCAACGUGGGUUUGUUCGUCACACUGGUGGUGGUCAGCAGCCUGGAGCUCGUCCUGUGUUUAUGCCAGAUGAUUAAUGGCCUUGUUGGCUGCAUCUGUGGAGCCAACAUAUGAAGGCAGACACCCGAAAAAGCCUUAAAAGCAUGUCAAUGCCAUCACAUACCGCCAAAAAACCUGCAUCGCAUACGCUCUGCUUUAUGACACAAUAACCGAAGAAGUGGGAGCUGACAAGUUUCCGUCUAGAGCUUUAUAUUUAUCAAAUUGUAUUCUAUUUUCAUAUAAACAAACAAUAGACAUCAUUAACAAACAUCAAAUAAACAUUACAAUAACGGUAUUCUUUAUUAAUCUGAUGGUUUGGUAUUAUAGUGUACAGGACUCUAAUGGUUUAUCAGGUGUUCUGAUUCCAGAUUCACUUGAUGGUUUCCUAAUGGGAUCUUAAGGUGUUCCACAGGAAACUACUGGUUUCUAAUGCUUUUAACCCAAAUGAUUUCAAUGGUCAUUCAGAAAAUGCCCAAUCAGCAAAAUUCAACUUCUGGACAAAAUGUGCACGUCAGUGAGAUUUGCUCACUGGUGGACAGAUUCUGCUAUUAGUCCAAUACUUUCCCAAUAAAAACCGCACCGCAGCUUCAUAAUUAGUCUGCUUUACUUUUGGGGUUUAAUGAGUGUUGUUGUGACUUUAAUGCAACAUUAUUUACCUGUUAAAUUUACACUGUCCUGUUCUGAAUGCUGUGUUUUUAUCCAUUAUUUAACUGUACAGUGUUACUAAAAUAAUGUGAAAUAUAUGAGGAGCAGUUCUGUAUGUUUGA